AUGAUUGAUGGGUAUAUGAAAAAUGGCAAGGUUGACGAUGCGGUCAAGCUGUUUGAACAAAUGCCACAGAGAGAUGCGGUUUCUUGGAUUGUUUUGAUUGGUGGGUUUGUCAAGAAAGGUCAGUUCGAGCAAGCAUUGGAGUGGUUUCGAGAGAUGCAGCUCUCGGGUGUGGAACCAGACUAUGUAACCUUAAUUGUUGUAAUUGCUGCUUGUGCGGAUUUGGGAACGCUUUGGAUUAGGCUUGUGGAUAAAUCGCACUCUUAUUUUAUAGCUGAAAAUUGGGUUGAUUACCCCUUGCUACAAAGAUUUGUCCACCAAUAUCAAAUUGAUGAGAGUCAUUUCUCGACCACUGCGUUUAUUAAGUUCGUCAUCAAUCGUAGCAAAGGACAUGCUACUGCUCUCAGGCUACCUCCAUAUGCUUCAGAAACAGACUUGAAAUAUGUUUCAGAUGUGUGUGGUGACCUCAAGGAUGUUGGAUUGCCUGAGCAUUUCGUUUGCGACAAAUCAGGUGUAAUAACAGAGCUGAUUGGUAAGUGGAAACGUUUGGAGUGGUUGACGUUGGGAAGCAGCUAUGCUUUGGUGAAAAUCCUCUCACAGAUUAGCAUUCACUGCAAAGACUUUUGGGGCUUACGUGUGUCUAAUGCUGAUAUUGUUAAAGAUAAGGCUAUUGCAAUUGUCAACUUCCUGCCUAAGAUUAAGCAUUUGAUCUUGAGGGAUGCACAUAUUCAUCGGGAUGCUCUUAUGAAGUUACUGCAAGGUUGCACGGAGCUUCAGGUUCUGGAUGUCAGUGAUUGUAUUGGUUUUAGUGAGGAUGAUGGGGAAAUUUUAAAGCUUGCUUCUCAUAUUACUAAUUUCAGCUGCAAGGGCUCUAGCGAGUAUGAUGAUGAUUUCUAUGAGGAAGGCCCGAUUUUCGCACAUGAUUAUGGAUUUUAUUAUUCUGAUUAG